CCGGAAGCCUGUCCAACACAGCUGAAGAACAACACACGGCGAUCGUUUCCGUUCUUGGCUUUUUACAGUCUUAACUCAGACGAUUUAAAGGCCAUUUUUACUAUUUAUAUUCUUCGUGAAGGGGAAUCGAAUAUUAAAUCAAGAUGGGGGGUGGUGAUUUGAACUUGAAAAAGAGCUGGCAUCCCCAGACUAUGAAAAACAUUGAGCGGGUUUGGAAAGCCGAGCAGAAACAUGAAGCUGAACGCAAAAAGAUCGAGGAACUUCAGAAGGAGCUCAAAGAGGAACGAGCCAGAGAAGAAAUGACGAGAUAUGCAGAAGAAACAGGGGCUAUAAAAAAAAAAGAUGAUCGCUUGGACUGGAUGUACCAAGGCCCUGCCGGCCAGGUGUCCAGAGAUGAAUACCUGCUGGGUCGUCCCAUUGACAAACAGAUCACUGACCAGUAUGCUGACCCCGAGAGCGGCCCAUCCAUGGAGACUGGACUCCUGCCCGGCUCCAUCUUCAACCCAAACACAGCGACAUCCGGACUCGACAUGGCUGCCAAGAUCAGAGAGGACCCCCUGUUUGAAAUCAGGAAAAGAGAAGAGGCAAAGAAGAGAGAAGUCCUGACUAAUCCAGUAAAGAUGAAGAAAAUCAAAGAAAUGCUUCGUCAGAAUUUGGACAAAGACAAGAAGAAGAAAAGAAAGAAGGAAAAGAAAGAGAAAAAAGACAAAGACAGAAAAAAGGAGAAGAAACACAAGAAACGAACCUCCAGUUCAAGCUCAGAUGAGGAGGAUGACAGAAAACACAAAUCCCAUUCACACUAUGAAGCUUCAUCUGAUAAAAAGCUAAAUGGUCACCAUCUACCAGGCUAUGGAUUACAGCUUCCAGCAGGUAAAAGUCAUCACAUCUCGACUUCCUACGAAAAUCAUUCUUCACGGCGAGAAAGAAGUCGCUCCCGAUCACCCCAUAGAAACCACAGGGACCACCAUUCCUCCUCCAACAGAAGUGACAGACGAGACAAUCCCAGAGCUCCCACUCCACCGAAAGAGCGCUACCAAAGACACAACCACCAUGUCUCCAAGAAGCUAUCUGCAGAUGAGUUGGAGCGUAAAAGGCGAGUUAUGAUGGACCAGGCCAAACAAAGAGAAGAAGACAGAGAAAAUAAUGUAAAAAGAUACAAAAAACAAGAUGAGAGGGAGAAACAGCGGGAGCAAAACACCAAACGCGAAGAGCAUGCUGGCUUCAUUCAUAACAUGAAACUGGAGAGUGCUGCUUCCUCCUCGCUGGAAGACAGAGUGAAAAGGAACAUCCACUCAAUUCAAAGAACUGCAGCUUCUCAAGACCAUUUCAUGAGGAGAUAAAAACACAGACAAUGAGUUGACAUUCAGUCUACCCAUAUGUUUUUACUGCAGGGAUGGAUGGUUAUCAUGGAUUGGCUUUAUUUUUAAAAGCACAUUUACUUAUUUUAAUGGAUAACUGUUUCUUGUACAAACUUUUAGUUUAACUUUUAGUAGUAAUUCCAUUGCAACUUUGUACAGAGUAAUGUUACUUGACCCAUUUGCCAUAUAUUUUUGAUGUUGUAAUAAUGAUUGAGUAUUGAAAAUUUUCCUGGCAAUUAAACAAUAGUCCAAACAG